AUGGAACCAGAAGUUAUUAUAAUUGAGAUCAAUGGAAUUGGUGUUUAUAGAGUGUUUUCUACUGGUAUUUCGUUUAAAGAGUGCACGAAGGAAGAGGUUAUUGGUCACUUAGAAGGAAAGCUGCACGUGUUUAUUCUUGUUAGUAGCAACAUUGAUAAGAUAGAUAUUUACAAGAUAUCAAAAUACUUCUUUAAAGAGUCCAGUAUAGAGUCUAUGUCUGUCAUGUACUCUUCUGUUUCAACCUCUCUUGCUUUGGGUGUUCAGAAUCUAUGCGUGGUCUCUGUUGAAAAUGCAUCAAAUGACUCUAUUCUGUGGUCUGUAGAUCUAGUGGCCAAGUCCAGUCUAAACUGCGCACACUCCAUUACUAGAACAUCUACAUACGAUGUGGCUCUUGAUAAAAUUUUGGAGACGCUGCACUCUUCUGUGUACAAAAGUUCUACACCAACCAUUUUUAUUAAAGGAACAAAACCAUUGGUAGAUAAAAUGCUUGAAGAACUCAAUAAGAGAAGUAUUAUAUCUACAUCGGAAGAAAGUAUGUCUGAUGAAUGUGCUGAUAGAGGGUAUAGAUUGGCCUUGUUCCCAAAUUAUUUCUCUUCUUACAUGCCACAUAAUCUGCUCCCAGACUCAGAUAUUGUAUAUGUUGGAGCAGUCCUAACCAUAAUGAUAAACUACUUUGAAAUAAAAGAGGUAAAUACUAGGGAAGACUUUGAAGCAGGGCACACCAAGAAUUUACUGUUAAAUUAAGUAAUUCGUUAUAGAUAAGAAAUGUAUUAUUUUUAUAAAAAUUAUUUCUUUAGAGAAAACAUGUAUCCAAGCAACCCAAGAUAGCAAAUGCUUUUAUAUUUUUAUAAUGCAUAAAUACGCAAGAAU